CAUCUGUUCCGAGCCGAGAGGAGAGACCCGGCGGCGUCUCAGCGGUUUUCACUGUAACAUUAACAUUUACUGUAUGAGACACACGACGGCUGGACCACAGCUGCCGUGAGGAGUCCGCUCUACACAGGGCUUUAUCCGUAUUCACAGUGAGUGUGUCCGUGUGUGUUUUGUCGGGGUUCGGCUCGUCGUAAUGACCGCCCUGUCGCUGUUGUUGGUGGCUGUGUCCGCCGCGUCGGUUCUGUCCGAGUCCACGGUGUUUUACCGAGAACAGUUUGAAGAUGGAGAUGCUUGGCAGAGUCGUUGGGUGGAAUCCAAGCACAAGUCUGACUACGGCAAGUUUGUCCUGACUGCGGGGAAGUUUUAUGGUGAUGCAGAGAAAGACAAGGGUCUUCAGACGAGCCAAGAUGCCCGAUUCUACGCAAUGUCGUCCCGUUUCAGUGACUUCAGCAACCAGGGUCAACCUCUGGUGAUCCAGUUCACCGUCAAACAUGAGCAGAGCAUCGAUUGUGGUGGCGGUUACAUUAAACUGUUCCCCUCCAGCCUCAACCAGGAGGAUAUGCACGGAGACUCCACCUACAAUAUUAUGUUUGGUCCAGAUAUUUGCGGUCCUGGCACAAAGAAAGUACAUGUUAUCUUCAACUACAAAGGCAAGAACCAUCUUAUUAACAAGGACAUCAGAUGCAAGGACGAUGAAUACACCCAUCUUUACACACUGAUCGUCAACCCUGACAACACCUAUGAGGUCAAAAUUGACAAUAAGAAGGUGGAGUUUGGCAGCCUGGAGGAAGACUGGGACUUCUUACCUCCAAAAAAAAUUAAGGAUCCUGAAGCCAAAAAACCUGAGGACUGGGAUGACAGGGAGAAGAUCCCAGACCCAGAUGAUAAGAAACCAGAGGACUGGGACAAGCCUGAGAACAUCCCAGACCCUGAUGCUAAGAAGCCUGAUGAUUGGGAUGAAGAGAUGGAUGGCGAGUGGGAGCCACCUAUGGUCACCAACCCUGAUUACAAGGGCGAGUGGAAGCCCAGAGAGAUCGACAACCCCGCCUACAAGGGCAAAUGGAUCCACCCUGAGACUGACAACCCAGAGUACACAGCUGACUCCGAGAUCUACAAAUAUGACAGCAUUGGAGUUAUCGGACUGGACUUGUGGCAGGUGAAGUCAGGGACAAUCUUUGACAACUUCCUGAUCACCAAUGAUCCAAACCUGGCAGAGGAAGUGGGCAAUGACACAUGGGACAAAACCAGGGAUGCAGAGAAGAAGAUGAAGGAGAGUCAAGAGGAAGAGGAGCGAAAGAAACGUGAGGAGGAGGACAAGAAGAGGAGAGAAGAAGCAAAGGAGGAAGAAGAGGAAGAGGAGGAUGAGGAGAAAGAUGAGGACGAGGAUGAAGAAGAGGAGGAGGAGCAUGAAGAGGAAGAGGAGGAGGAGGAGGAAGAUGAAGGCACAGACUCUAAACUGAAGGAUGAGUUAUAAAAUCCACAGAGGAACUUCCAAGAGAGAAACCUAACUGAGGUGAUGGACACCAAGGGGGGUGGGGUUCUACAUUUGUUUGUUUACAAAACCAGGAAAUGUGUGAAAAGGGCAAUUAUUAUGUUUUCUGUUAUUAUUAUUGUUAUUAUUAUUAUUAUUAUUAUUAUUAUUACAUUAUUAUUAUUAUUAUUAUUAUUAUUAUUAUUAUUAUAUUAAACUAUAACUAGUAAUAGGAAGUUCAUUACAAAAAUGUUAUCAUGAAUGUGAAGACCACAAAUUCUAAAAGUACCAACUGAUGUUUGUGUUUUGUAAAAAUCUUGGGUUUUAAGUAUAAUGUUGUGAUGGCAUGAAAGCUGUUGGUAUAUGAAUAAUACCUUAACAAUGCUUUGUUUACCUCAUGUGUUUUGUUUGUUUUAUUAAUCUGUGUCACAUGUCUUUUUUCUGGUCUUUUAAAAAUAUUCAUGUCUCUAAAUCUUUCUCUGGUCCUCAAUCUCUAGGGAUUUGAUGGCAUCUUAUACUGUGUCGUUAUAUCUUAACCUGUCUACUUGGAACAAAGCUUAAUGACAUGGAGACAAGAGUGCGUCAGUGACAUAUAUUUAACCGCCUGUUGAAUUAAAGCCACCGUUGCCCAUAGGAUGGUACAUAAAAGUUCUCUGAGAUAAAACUCUUUGCAUAGUUUUGUACUGUAUAGUUAACACUUUUUCACUUCAAUGCACAUACUGUAGUCUUGAGUCUGAAAACUCUCUAGUCAAACUCAGAUGUUAAGAGCACUCCAGUAGCAGAAAAACCUCCACUGAUUUAGCCAUUAUCAACUUGAGUCAUAACUGGUGUACAUUCCUCAUUUCUGAUACCGACAUCGCUGCACUGCUGUUCCCCAAAACACUGUCCCAACCAACUGGAAGAUGACCCUUUUGUAACGACACAUUUUGUACUAAUGGUAGUAAGUGAAGUGGAUGAUUUUCAGGUCGCUGUGUACUAAAACAGACAGGUAUCUGUCAAUAAAAACAACCAGAAGAAAAUCAGCAAAAUU